CAGGAUAGUUUUAAAUUUGGUAAUAUGUCAGUCAUCGUUACACACGAUCAUAUUCUUCCUUCUCAGUGUCAUCAUCCAAAAAUCGCCACUAAUUUCCAGGAUAAUUGUCAGGUUUGUGAAUUUACCCGUAUUCUAAAAUUACCGCAUUUACCGGAUAUGAUAUUCCCUAAUAAUUCAGUAGUUAUCACUUUUCCUAAAGAGCCUCAUCUAAGAAUCACCUUCAAUGCUUUGGAUGCCUUGAAAUCAGUUGACAGUUCUUCUUAUCCUAACGUACUGGUUGCACCGAGUGAGGAAUGGCAACGCACUCGGAAACAUUUUAUUCAUUCGCGAUUAGGCAAUCGUCCGUUUGAUUGGACUUAUACGAGUAAAUAUAAAGGAACCGUAGAUGGUUACACGGUCCUUCCUACAAAUGAAACAAUUUCGAUGGAAACACUGAAACGCCGUGAUCCAAUCAAUUUCUAUUCUCAAGUUACGCUUUAUGAAGAUGAAUUGGCUGAUCAUGGAUGUUCUGAGAUGAGCGUACGUUUACGAGCUAUGCCAACCUGUUUGUUUUUACUAUGUCGUUUUUAUCUUCGCAUUGAUGAUGUGUUAGUACGUAUUUGCGAUACAAGACUUUACAAAGAACUGAAUUCUGACAGUUUCUUGAGGCAAUGGACGCAUCGUGAGCUCAAAUUGGUGCAAAACAAUGUACGAUAUCCUGAUUUGAUUUAUAGUCAUUUGCCAAUUGUGCAUGAAGAGAUAGUUAAACUGGUUCCAAUUCGAUGUUCUACCUGA